CACCACUUCACCUCCCCCCUCUUCCUCCCCCCUCUCCUCACCACACACAGCUGUUCAUGGACCGCGGUGUGGACAUCUUGGUCUCCCUGGUGUGCGUCACACUCCUUGGUGUUCAGCUCUACUACACGUACCGCGUUGCCAUCCGUGUUCCCGACGGAUACACGCCGUAAAAGGACUUCAACGUCGGCCGCCCCGUGCUUCUCGAGCUGGUCUAGCGGGCAGGCGGAGAAAGAGCUGGACCGAGCCAUAUGAGUUUGACCUUUGAGUCUGUGGCUGCCACCCACGAUGCACGUGAGUUUGUGGUCUCGCGUGACGCACCGGUUGUCUCACGCUUGGACAGGGUUGUGGUCGGCAUUGCUGCCUCGCUCGUCGCCGUCACGGCUGCGGUCUCGGAGAGCGACUCGGUCUCGUGGUCUGUGGCCCUGCUUGUUGUUCUGCUCCUGGGCUGGCGGUUCCUGGUCAUUCGUGCUCGCGUCGUCUCCGAGUCCAUCCUAGUCCUCCGUGAUCUGGGCAUGCAGCUCGAGUCAACAACGGUUUUCGGCGCAAAGAGCUACCGGUUUGUGGAGAAGGAGCGCAUACUCGAAGUUGUUCUCAACGAGGGUGUCGAUUGUCAUCAGGUCAUCUACUACCUUGCUGUCGUUGUCAAGGGCGAGCGCGACAUGCUGCUGGUCUUUCCGGAGCUCAAGCCCCGCCUCCCGGUCCUCCGCAAUGUAUUUGUUGAGAUGCGCGAAGUGCUGUUCAACCGCGGGUGCUGAUACCUCGGGCCGAAAUAACAACGCUCAGCACAGGCGUGUGCAGACGGCUGCAAGCUGCUCUGCUCACCAGAACCAGGACGAGCUCGCCGGCUGCGCGGC